ACUUGUGGCGGGCAAAAAAAUCAAUACGGCCGCGGCAUACGCAAAACGCCGACGGCGUAGGUGCAUCGGUUUCGUCUGAAAGUCAGACGCGCGCGGCUUAAUAUUAUACGCACCGCACGCGAUGAAGAACAUUGCCAAGACCAGUCGGGCGUACGUCAUCGCGAAUCUGUCGACGAACCACGAGGGAAACGCGACGCUGGCCUGCGAACUGAUCGAAACAGCAUGCAAAUGUGGCGCGGAUUAUGUUUUAAUGGAACUGGACGAAAAUACCAAUCCAUUUACUUAUGAAGAUAUCACAAACUUUCAUAAGUUGGCUCAAGAUAAUGGGGCCGUUUUCACGACCAAAUCGCUAGUGAAUUCAAUUCGUCAAAUUUCUCCAAUUCAACAAUUUAAGGAUAUAAAUAAUGACGAGGAUGAAAUUAGUAGUGAUUUGCAACUAGCAUUUCCUUCAAUUCCAGAAAAGGAUAUUUCCGAAGAUCGUAAAUCAUAUGAAACCGUCGAUCUAGUGGAAAAAAUACAACAAAAGUUUCCCAAACAUGAACUCCAGUUUUGGGAAUUUCAAGAAAUAAGCACGUGUCUUCCUGAAGUGGUUAUUGCUAUCGGAAUAAAAGCGAUAUCUUGCAAGUUUACGUUGGACGAUAAAUCAAUCGGAUACGAUCACGCGAUGUCUAUCUCCACUCGAGACUUUCGUACCAUGGUGACUAAUAUUAGGACAGUUGAAAUUGCACUAGGAACAGGGAAAAAAGACAAACUCUCCCCAUCUGAACUGCCAUGUUUCAAAAAGUUGUUCAAAAGCGUUGUAGCUGCAAAAAAUUUAGAGCGUGGAUCCAUAUUAAAAGCGGAAGAUAUGAAAAUCAAAGUUAGUGACACACAGAGCAUGUGUGGAUUUUACUUCCCAAUAGUAAUCGGUCGACAGUUAUUAUCUGAAGUUGAUGAAGAUGAUCCAAUUUUCGUUUCUGAUUUUGAUGGACUGCAACAUUAUACGAAUUAUAUGCCAUACGAUGAUCCAGUACCAGAGUAUACCGAAUAUAUAACUGAAAUCGAUCUGGGCCGAUCCAUACAUUUUAAAAGCCCAUGUUAUAUUAUCGCUGAAAUAGGACAAAAUCAUCAAGGUGAUAUAAUGAUGGCUAAAAAAUUGAUAAAAUUGGCCAAAAAAUGUGGCGCGGACUGUGUAAAGUUUCAAAAAAGUUGCAUAAACGAAAAGUUUACGUUGUUGGCCAGAAAUAGAUUGUACAACAGUAAAAAUUCUUUCGGUGCGACUUACGGUGAACACAAGCAUUUCCUAGAGUUUACUGAAGAUCAAUACAAGGAACUGCGGAGGUAUGCAGUAAAAAAAGUUGGAAUUCAUUUCACUGCAUCGGCAAUGGACCCGGUUUCAUUUGAUUUCAUCGUUAACCUCAAAGUGCCGUUCGUGAAAAUCGGUUCGGGCGAAUCAGGCAAUGUGAUGUUAUUGGAAAAGGCGGCUAAAGCUUACGUCCCAUUGGUCAUAUCUACCGGCAUGCAGACGCUGGCUGACAUACGAAUCACUUACGAGACAGUCAGCCGGUACCAUAACUAUUUCGCAUUGUUACACUGCGUAUCCGCGUACCCGACGCCGCCGGACGAGGCCAACCUGAACAUGAUCAAGACGCUCCGCAAGACUUUUCCGAACACGAUCAUUGGUUAUUCCGGCCACGAAGUGGGCUCUUCUCUGACAGCUGCGUCAGUAGCACUCGGUGCCAAAAUUAUUGAAAGACAUAUCACACUGGACAGAAAUAUGAAGGGAUCGGAUCAUAUUUGUUCUUUAGACCCUUCACAAUUUAGCAAACUCGUUAGAGACAUUCGUUACAUCGAAAGAAAUUUAGCUAUUUAAUAAUUAUAUGCAUAUCUAUUAUCACCUCAAAGUGUUCAUUUACAAUUUUAAUUGGUGCCUAAAUAUCUAUGGUAUUUUAAUUUAAUUUAAUUGUUUUUUUUUUUUUUUUAAAAGAAGUCAAGGUAUGUAAAUGUAUACUGUAUUUACAGUAUACCAACUAUUAUGUAAGUUACAUAUAGAAAAAAAAUUCAUUUUUAAAACAACGUCAUACCUAUUAGGUACUAGGUAGUAAUAUAAAAGUAGGUAAUGUACUAUAAUUAUUUUUCAAUCCAGAAACUCAUAUACAGUAUUCAUAUUCUGUUCAUAAAAUAACACAUUAAUAAAUCUUACUGAAAAUUUCAACCCUAAGCCUCAUAUUAUAUGGUCUCUAAACUCACUAUGCUCAAGCACUCACAAAGUUUCAUUUAAAUCAGAUCACAUAAAUUUAGAAACCGAAGAAAAAAAUUCACAUUUCCUCACCAUAAUAUGUCUUUAACUUUGUACCUUUACUAUAUUUGACUUACUUAUUUAGAUAAGUAUUUUAAUAUUUUACAUCAUCACAUCAUUUCGUCAACUUUAAAGUUUAAAUUUUUUGAUUUUCUAAUAUUAGAAACUAAAAUAGCAAUUAUUGUAAGUAAAAAAGUAUCAUCACUAGUCGAUUUAAUCUGCCAUUUAUGUCUCUUAUAUUGUAUAACAUUUAAAAUUAUGUAUAUCAUAUGUGUGCUUUUUGUGAAUUUCUAAUAUAAUUUUUAUAGAUUUAGAUAUAGCUUAUUGUUUUAAUAACGACAGCGUACCUAUACAGUUAUUUUCUGUUGGGUACUGUAAAACAAUGAAAAUUGAUUUUUCGUCGCUAUAUUGGCAAACGAACGAAUUAAUAAUAAAUAAUUCGCCCCAAAAAAUAGUCUUCUUAUAUUUAGAACUAU